UACAAUCUACUCUCCAGGUCCAGGGAUCUCAGUCCUCAUCGCCGGAGGACCCAGCCAACCCAUGAGAUGCGCGGACAAGGUGCUCGCCGCAGCACACCGCAACCACAACCACCUUCAAGCCGCCACUACUACGGUCUACGGGCUGCUGCUUGCUGGUCCCCAGACGUGACGGCGCGUGCACUAGGGCGCGGAGAACCCCCUAGUCACCGACCGCCAUGCUCCGUCGCAGCCGCCGGUUCCUCGCCAGAACACCUCGCCGCCGCCAACCCAAAACCGCCGGGAAAGCCGAGCCAUCUCCCACAGCCGCGCCGACCUACACCCGUGACGUCGUCCGCCGCGCCACCGCCAUCCUCCGCGACCACCCCUGGUCGGCUGCGCGCCCGCUCCUCCUCUCCCUCCCGGGCCUCGCCUGGGACUCCCACACCGUGGCGCGCGUGCUCAAGACCCACCCGCCGCUCCAGAAGGCCUUCCUCUUCUUCCGCCUGGCGGCCACCGCGUCGCGCACCUUCCGCCACGACCGCUUCACCUACACCUCCAUGAUCCACCUCCUCGGGGAGGCCGGCCGCGUGCCGGCCAUGCUCCGCCUCCUCGCCGAGAUGCUCCGCGCCGGGGUCGCGCCCGACGCCGCCACCUUCACCACCGUCAUGCACUGGCUCGCGCGGGCCGGUGACGUCGACGGCGCCAUGCGGGUGUGGGCGGAGAUGAAGGCGAGGAGCAGGCCUACCGUCGUCAGCUACACCGCGUGCGUUAAGAUUCUGUUCGACGCCGGGAGGGCAGAGGAGGCGCGUAGGGUGUUUAGAGAGAUGGUGGCUGAAGGGCUGCGCCCCACCUGCAAGACCUACACGGUGCUCAUCGAGCAUCUCGCCGACACAGGCAAAUUUGAAGCUACUCUAGAGAUUAUGGACAAGAUGAAAGAAGCAUGUGUACAACCAGAUAAAGCACUCUGCAAUAUUUUAGUACAGAAAUGUUCCAGGGCUGGUGAAACAUCAGUUCUUACUUGCAUUCUUCAGUACAUGAAGGAGCAUUUCAUUGUUCUUCGUCGACCUAUUUUUUUGGAAGCACUAGAAGCUCUAAAAGCUAGUGGUGAUAGUGAUGAACUUCUUCGGGAAGUAAACCCUCACCUUUCAUAUGAAGGCAUUGAGAAUGAUCCAAUAUUGUCUGAUCAAGGCUAUCUUACUGAUAGAAGUAUUAUUAUCUACCUUAAGUCUGCAAACAAAUGGUCUGCUAUAGAACAAAUGGUUAGCCAAAUGGCCCCAAAGAAUGUGAAAAUGGAGACCCAUAUCCUGUCUGAUGUUAUUGAGGCCAGCUGUGCAGACCAUAAACCGUCUUGUGGGCUCGCAGUUAUGCGUUAUGGUUUAGGAGUAGGCUGUGAACUUGGUAGGUCUGCAUAUUGUUCUCUUCUUGGUCAGUACAUCAGAACUGGUUCAUUUGAUUCAGUCUUAGAGAUUGUUGAGGAAUUGAUUAAAUCUGGUUGCAAUCUUGGGACAUAUUUAUCAUCUGUUUUAAUACUUAGGUUGGGCUAUGCUGGACAGUCUGCAUGCGCAGCUCAUAUUUUUGGAUUGUUGACUGCAGACAAGAAUGUAGUUUCGUACACAGCCCUUAUCAAUGCCUAUUUUCAAGCUGGCAAAGUUGAUGGUGCUCUUGAUCUAUUCACACAAAUGAGAACUAAUAAAAUAUCUGCUUGCUUGGGUACAUAUGAAGUCCUGAUACAUGGCUUAGAAAAGGCUGGCCUGAAACAGGAAUCAAAUUACUACCGAAGAGAAAGAAUGAAUAUGCAAUGGCAUCUUCAGUAUCAUGGUCAACGCUCACCUGAAGAUACCUUAUGUAAUCAUCUGUUUUGUGUCCUUCAUGGGUGAUUUUUCAAGAUUUAUUCAUAUACAAUGUUCUUAUCAUCAGCACAAUUGUUCUGGCUUCAUCGUUCCUCAGCCUUGAAGGAACUUCUAGAAAGUACCAUGUUUUUCAGAUAAUUGUGGGGAAGCACCCAGUGUCCCGGAAGCCUGGAUCAGCGAAUAGAGGACUAUACUUCUCUUAUGGUGAUCGAUUUGUCUUGGUGCUAACUGCAACUCACCUUUCAAAAGCAUUCAACUGUUCGAGCUUGCUACAAAAGCUCCACGUGAUGAAGAUUGGUUCUACUGCUUUUAUCAAGCCAUUAGUCAGCAGUCUUUCCACAGGUUCACUUAAAAAGUUCUCGGCUACUAUUGCAGGAGGGUUUUACCAUGAGACUCGCCUCUUUGCAGCUUGCACAAAGCCGACAAUGACCUGCAACUCAUCCAAUUGCUUCAGCAUGGGCAAAAGCAAAUUGGAAUUAACAGAGCAAAAGCAGACUGUCAGGACCUCACAUAAUGAUGCAAGUUACUGGAGUCAGAAGUUAAAUUUGUUUUAUCAACCUGGGCCGUGAAGUGCCUUUGAACAGCAUCAAUUAACUGCUCCCUGGAUGGAUUAGGGCAUGCAUCCUGUUCAACAAAUGCCGUCCCCCGUCCGUUAGAACAUCGAUGCGCAAUUGGAUACUUGCAGUUGAUAGUAGGGUCUUAUCUAGGAAUUUGAGCUGUACUUACGAGAUUGAAGUGGCGCCAAUAUCUCCACAGUGCAGUCAGUUCUAGCUUGCUCAGAUCAACUUUCUGCAGUGUUACCAGUCAAAAGAAUGUAAAGAUACAAGCUGCAGAAGUAAUGUGGUCCAAAAAUAA